GAUGAACAAGGCCAGGCGCAAGCUCCGCGAGCCGCGCGUCGAGAAUGCCAAGGCGGGGCCGGUUUCGAUGCAUCUGUCGAUUCCGCUGCGGCCGCAAGAGCGUCCGACGGCCUUUCCCGACGACUUUUACCAUGUCGUUCUCAAGGAGUAUGCGACCAAGUACCUCGAGCAGCUCGGCGCCAACCCGACGGCCGACAACCUGGCGCUCGUGCUGGCCAACGUGCCACUGGACAAGUGCCGCGUCGCGCCCGGGUGGCGCUCGCGUGGCUGCAUCGACGACGUGCUCGUCAUCGAUACGAGCCCGGUCGCGGUCCGCGCCGCCUCGCCCGAGCUUGCGCCGCUGUCCAAGCCAGAGACACUUCCGGCCGACGACCCGGUCAGCGUGUUUGGCACCGACCUGGCGAAAAACUACCGCGUCGGCCACGUCGUGCUCUCGUUCCACGAGAUGAAGCAUCGGUACCUCUUCCCCUUCAACCAGCUGUACAAGGUGCCGAUCGAGUACGACCAAGACGGCUUUCCGUGCACGAAGCGCGUGACGUUUUCGGUCGUGCCCGAACGCCGCGUCUACAAGCCGUCGCCGGCCGCGCUGGCCGAGAUUGACACACCGCUCCAUUCGCUUACCUUUGAGACGAUCGCAGAAAUGCAAGAAGCCUUUUACAACGUCAUUCCAUUCGAUAUGCUCGACAUUAACGACCGCACCGAGCAUGCAGUCGUCCGCAGCUUUCUCACGUCGUCCACGACGCUCGAGCUCAUCGGGUACUUCGCCCACUACGUCUACUGGACCGCCUUUCGCCCACUUGGCGACCUCUGCCGCUCCAUCCUGCGCCGAACCAGUACGGCGGCACGAGAAGACGACGAGUACGAGCGCCUGCCGUCGACGCCUUUCUUGUCGCACAAUGAAGUCGAAGGCCUCCUCGUGUCCGUACUCGAUGCGUUCGAGCACCUCAAGCGCAGCGUCCACGAGCGCGUCCGACCAAAGACGACGACGCGAAGCACGACGCCGAUGCUACAGCUGCUACUGCUGUCGCUCCGCGUCUCGCUCGCAACCAUUUUUCGCCUCUCGUAUCCGCGUUGGUUUGACGACACGGCCUUACGCGUCGAGCCAACCCUCAUGCUGCUCGAUGACGUAAUCGACCAAAUCGUGGACCCCAACCACUAUUAUUCGCACAUUGGCGCGCUGGAAGCGACCUCGGACGCCAUCAACUUUACCAAAACCCACGCGUACAAGCUCCAGAAGCGCAAGACGCACCUUCGCACGUCCUUCUUUGCCACGAGCCGUGGGCUGCAAGCGCUACUGCCGACGCCGUCGUCGGGCGGGCCGCGACGCAUCCUCUCCCAAGGCGGUGGCACGAGCGUCGCGCACUACACGACGGUGCCCGACACGGGAGCAUCGGGCCUGCCCAUGUCGUUGGUCCAUCGCAUGAAGCUGCUCCGCCUCCAAACCCAGCGGCCGUCGUAAAAGCAGAUUCAAAUGAACUUGUACAAUCAUUACAAAGAAGGAGGAGCACUAGAAGAUAAAAUAAGUUGAGGCACAG